ACGGCUCCGCUGCUGUUCGUCCCAGUCCGUGGUACUGUACUGUUUUGCGGGGAGCUCGGCUAAAAUGGCUGCAAGCAACUAUUUCGGGUUCACGCAUGGUGCCAGUCCACAGUACAGUACCCAGCCUCCCACGGCUUACUCCCAUCCCUCUACAGCCAGCUACAGCGUCCAGCAGGCUCCAGCUGUGGCCCACGCAGUGACCGCCUCAUACUCCCCGGCUCCUGUCCAGGCAGCCCGGCCCGUGGCCUCGGCUCCUUACCCUGCCUAUCAGAGCCACCAGGCACCUCCAGACUACACCUACAGACAGCCCGACCCACCACAGCCCACCACCACCCCACAGACGUACCAGGUAUACUCCGACAUGCAGCAGCAGCAGCAGGAUAGCUAUAACUACGUGCGCUCUGCUGCAGUAACGACUUACGACAACAAACAGUACUACCAGACGAGUGUAGCACCAGCUCAGAGGACACCCACAGACAACUACUACCAGACCGUCUCAGUAGGAGUGAAGAGCGCCUACAGCCCAGCUCCCUCCACCGUGUACAACCAGCCUCCUCUGGCCCAGAGGCAGGUGACUGCCCUCAAACCUCUGGUGCCGUCCAGCGCUGUGUCAACCAGCUACAACAUCUACCCAGUGUCCACGAGCGUCCAACAGCCUCCAACGCCCAUUUCAUCAUACACGCCGGGCUCCUCCUUUAGCUCCACAGUUUCUGCUACAUCCUACUCAGGCAUGAGCUACUCCAGUUAUGAUUCUAUUGGCUAUACUUCUGCACCCACCCCCACCUAUUACCAGCCAGCUCAGCAAACUCUGUCCCAACCUCAGCCUCCGCCGCAGCAGCAGCCCCAGCAGCCCCAGCCCUCAAUCCAGCCGCCACCAAAACAACUGACAAGUUCCUCUUGGAGUACCUCAGGGAGCAACAUGGUGACGACCCCGGCCGUAAACUCCUACAAAAAGCCCGCCUUCCACCAGAACAAGCUGCAAAGGCCCAAAGGGCCUCCCAAGCAGUCUCAGCUUUAUUACUGUGACAUUUGCAAGAUCAGCUGUGCAGGCCCUCAGACGUACCGGGAACACAACGAGGGCCAGAAACAUAAAAAAAAGGAGGCAGCCCUGAAGGCAGGGGGCCAAAGUGGGACCGUCAACGGACCCAGAGGAGUCCAGACCCAGUUACGCUGUGAACUGUGUGACGUAUCCUGCACCGGGGUGGACGCCUAUGCUGCUCAUAUCCGAGGAGCCAAACACCAGAAGGUGGUAAAGCUUCACACCAAGCUUGGCAAACCCAUCCCCUCCACUGAACCAGUGUUGGUGAACUCUGCCCCGGUGACAACAAACUCUACAGCUGUGAAACCCGCGGCGCCAUCCACGGUGUCCGCCUCGGUUUCAACCAUCUCAACCCCGGCCGUAACGCCCAAACAGUCGGCGGUAAACACCACAGCCAAAACAGCGCUGCCAAUCAAGAAACCAGCUCCCGUCAAAUUAACUCCCUUUUCCAAUAAGGCGGCCAGUGCUCCUGCAGCAGCAGCAGCACCUGUGACGGCCGCGGCAGUUAAAGCGGAGGAGCCUGUUCAGCCGUCCGUCCAGAAGAUGGAGCCACAAGCUGAAGAUGAGCAAGGCGACCGAGCUGGAGGACAGGGAGACAUCCAGCCUGUGGGACAUGAUUAUGUGGAGGAGGUACGUAACGAGGAUGGAAAGGUGAUUCGAUUUCACUGUAAACUGUGUGAGUGCAGCUUCAAUGACCCCAAUGCUAAAGACAUGCACCUAAAGGGACGAAGACACCGACUACAGUACAAGAAAAAAGUGAACCCAGAGCUUCCCGUGGAGAUAAAGCCCAGUAAUCGGGCCAGGAAGCUUCAAGAGAGCAAGCUGAAGAAGCAGAAGCAGAAGGCUGUCCUGAAGAGACAAAGGGAGGAUGAGCAGCGCUGGCACAUGGAGAUGAGGCGAUAUGAGGAGGACAUGUACUGGAGAAGGAUGGAGGAGGAGCAGAUGUACUGGGGAGAGCAGAGGCGCAGGAUGCCCCCUCCGCCUCCUCCGCCCCUAAUGAGCCGCCCCGGUAUGCCCGUUCCCCCUCUGCUGAAUUGCGUCCGUCGCCCCGACUCUGCUGACGAUCGUCACAUCAUGGCCAAGCAUUCGACCAUUUACCCGGUGGAAGAGGAGCUGCAAGCUGUUCAGAGGAUCGUCUCCCAUUCUGAGAGAGCUCUUAAAUUGGUGUCAGACUCCCUGCUUGAGAAGGAGGCACCAGGGACCUCCUCUACGGCUACUGGGGGAGAAGAAGUGACUAGUGCUGAGAACCCCGCCCGGCUGCUGAAAGGUGUGAUGAGAGUGGGGAUCCUGGCGAAAGGCCUGCUGCUUCGUGGGGACAGAAACGUGGAGCUUAUACUGCUAACUGCUAAGAAACCCACCGUCUCAUUACUGAAGAGCAUCGCCAAGCAGCUGCCGAAGGAACUAUCAACAUUUUCUGAAGAUCAGUAUGAGGUGCAGGCUCAUCCCGAGGAGGCGAACAUCGUGAUAUGUUCAAGCCAGGAGCCCAAAAUGCAGGUGACCAUUUCUCUCACCUCGCCGCUGAUGAGGGAGGACACUGCUGCUGAGAAGGACAAGCAGGCAGAAGGAAAAGCGGCCGAGAAAGAUGUGUCUGAGAAGGACCCUCCUGAUGUUUUAAAUAAGAAGAAAUGUUUGGACUACCUGGCUGCUCUCCGACAUGCCAAAUGGUUUCAGGCUCGGGCAAAUGGUCUACAGUCCUGUGUGAUCAUCAUUCGGGUGCUGAGAGAUCUGUGUCAGCGGGUUCCUACCUGGGGGAGGCUGCCCAGCUGGGCAAUGGAGCUGCUGGUGGAGAAGGUGAUCAGCAGCGCCACGGGCCCGCUCAGCCCAGGGGAGGCCAUGCGCCGGGUCCUCGAGUGCAUCUCCACAGGCAUCCUGCUUCCAGAUGGCCCGGGUUUGACGGACCCCUGUGAGAAGGAGCCAACAGAUGCUUUGGAGAGCAUGAGGCUUCAAGCCAGGGAGGAUAUAACCGCCAGCGCACAGCAUGCCCUGCGGCUCCUCGCUUUCCGUCAGAUCCACAAGAUUUUGGGCAUGGAGUCCCUUCCGGCGUCCAAGGCCAGCGCACGCAACCGCAAACGUCGGCGGGACGUCAGCGACACGGGCGAAGGAGAGGGAGAGGGCAAAAAAGACAAGAAGGAAGAAGCUUGACCUUUGCCCGCUCAGCAGAGGCGUUUGCUAGUUUAGAGACUGGUAGAAUGUCACUUUUUUUAAAUCUCAGAAGAAAAAAAAGGUUUAACCCACAGAUGUACAUGUAUAAAUAUAACCUAUGACUCUUCAUGUUACACGUCUACUGUCAUAUCCAGAGGAAUAAUGUAUUUUUAGGAGGUUUUGGAGCUGAUGGGUGAAGACCAGUUUUAAUGCGGUGCGUUUUGGAGCUGCAGAGGCGCUUGGCUUUGUUGGAAAUGAAAAUCGUGUGAAAGGAUGCGUCAUUCCAAUUCGGUUUCACGGCACACUAUUUAACCGAACCCUCUCUUGUUUAUUUUUUUAUUUUUUUUUUAACCACCAACACCACUCCUGUGUCCUUUCAUCUUAAAGUCCUCCCGUACACUAAGACAUCAUUCGUUUAUUUUUAGCGCUUGCCUCUGCUGCUCUUCAGGCCAGCUCAGUCUGACUCCCGAUUUCCUGGGGAGUCACCGGAUUAAAUUUGCUGCUGAAAAACUUUUCAUUGUGAAAAAACAUAGGAAGCUUUGCAACGUGUGAGCAAGAGCCACACGCAGUACUGUGAUGUUUUAUGGUGCCUACAUAUAUGAACUAACUUUUUUUGUUUUGUUUUUAAUGGCUUACAAUUAUUCAGGUCACUUUUGCACCAUCCAAAGCUCCUUUUAACUGUUUUACAAACACCCCGAAGAGACUUUUAGGGUUGAGCUCAUACCCUUUAUGAAACCUCCAAAACAAGUCAAAGCUAAACUAAAUCAUGAAACCUACAUCGACAGGAACUAACCUGAGGUUUUGUCUUUAUGAGCUCUCUUGCAACUUUGUUUGCCUCUGCAGGAGGGGGUCUUUUCUUGCACACUUGUAUCCAGAGGAAACCGAGCACUUAGAUGACAAUGUAUGCAGCCAUAGAUCUAUCUUUUUUUUAAAUAAUAAUGCCUAGAAAUUCCUUUUUUUUUCUUCUUCUUCCAAAGAAGGUUUAGGGGGAUCUUUAGUCAGCAAAAUAAGACUGAAAAUCUGCUGUACGGAUCCAAUGGUUAAAGUCCCUUGCCUUUCUUCCUUGUGCCUGUAUCAUGUGUGUUUAAAAAAAGACUGAGACAGGGGAACAUUUACACCGUGUGGUUUAGUGCUGUGUCAGUUCAUAGUAAGGAAGUGUGGGUUAAAGGAAGGGACUGUUGCACAACUUUAAGAACUGAUCAGAGGGAAUUACUUGACAUGUUUUAGUUUGAUGUUUAUUUACAAAGAGCCUCAUAUAUGAGUUUUAAUUACCGAGGACGUCGCAGUCUGUUUUUGUAUCGUUUAAACGGGAAGUGUGACCGUCGCUGUCCUAUUAUUUGAAUGUAUUUGUAGUGAUGCGUAAAAUUAAGAGGAGGUAAUAAAAACACUCUUCAGAC